CACUGUUCACUGAGGAUAAACAUAAAUUUUGUUUUUUUAUUUUAUUCAACUCCUCACUCUCUCUCUCUCUCUCUCUCUCCUCUGUCUCUUCUCUCUGUUUCUUUCUCGGUGGUACUAAGCUUUGAUUUCGGUGGUUGCUGGUGGGGUUUGAGAUGGAGUGCAGCACAUCAAAUGUUAAUGUUCCCGAGGACAUACUUAGAAGUAUAAACUUUGAUGCCUUAGAAGGUGCUUUGAACAUGAAGUUUAAUAACAGGGGGCUUUUGGUGGAAGCUAUUACUCAUGGUUCACAGCUAUCAUCUUCUGGAGUACCCUGCUAUAAGCGUUUGGAGUUAAUCGGUGAUGCUAUUUUAGCUGAUCUCAUAACAAGGCAUCUUUUCUUCCAUUACAAACAUCUUCCCACGGGCCGCUUGACUGAUCUGCGAGCUGCUUCCGUAAACAACGAAUAUUUUGCACGUGUUGCUGUCAAAAAUAAUCUCCAUGUGCACCUUCGCCAUGCCUCCACCGCUCUUGGAAAACAGAUUCGGGACUUUGUAGAAGAAUUUCAAAACGAAUUGUUAAAGCCAGGAUUCAACUUCUUUGGUCUGAGUGACUGUAAAGCUCCUAAAGUUCUUGGUGACAUUGUUGAAUCCAUUGCUGGUGCCAUUUUUCUUGACAGUGGACAGGAGAUUUCAGUUGUUUGGAAGGUGUUUCAACCUCUCUUGCAUCCAAUGGUUACCCCAGAUACACUCCCAAUGCAUCCUGUGCGUGAGCUGCAGGAACGAUGCCGGCAACAGGCUGAACGCCUGGAAUACAAAGCAAGUAGAAGUGGAAAUAUGGCUACGGUUGAAGUCUUUUUUGAUGGUGUCCAGAUAGGAAUUGCUCAGAAUCCACAAAAGAAGAUGGCACAGAAACUAGCUGCAAGAAAUGCGCUUGCUGCUUUCAAAGAGAAGGAAAUGGCUGAAGCUAAGGAGGACGACGAUGAAAAUGGGAAGAAAAAGAAGAAUGGGAGCCAAACACUUACGAGACAAAUGUUGAAUGAAAUCUGCUUUCAUAGAAAUUGGCCCAUGCCAUUCUAUAGGUGUGUGAACGAGGGUGGCCCUGCACAUGCAAAGCAGUUUACAUUUGCUGUACGCGUGAAUACUACUGAUAGAGGCUGGACAGAUGAAUGUGUGGGAGAUCCUAUGCCAAGCGUCAAAAAGGCCAAAGAUUCUGCUGCUAUUCUUCUAUUGGAACUCAUAAAUAGAUUGUACUCAUGAUGGCAACGAGUGGCAACCCUAUAAUUUUUACUACUUUCUAUUGUACUCAAACAGUUAUGCUAGAUGCGAAAGAUUUGACUACUUUCUUGUACAUUAUUCUUGCAAAUCAAACAAUUCAGGAAAAAUAUUUAA